CAACCAAAACCAAACCCAACCCAGGGACUUGUGUGCAGCGGAGCACGCAGCAAAAGUUUUUCCCCGUCUAUAUUAUUCGGUUUUCCCCGCUUUCCAUGGCCGCUGCGUUGCAUGCUGGGCAGGCAACAACGGGGCAGCAACAUUAGAAGCGCAAUGUUCUGGCCAAAUACCGCAACGAAAUAGAAUCGAGAACGUGGAUAGUGGAUAGUGGAUAGAGGAUAGCACUCGACAGAAAAAAAGGAGCAAACGCCAGUGACUUGCCGCAUAUGUGUGUGUUUUGUGCUGGCUUUUUCUUUUUCCCUGUGUGAUGCCACAAGGACACACUUCAAGUGACAGCAACAGCAACGUCAGCGGCAACAGACUCAAGUGCAGCAGCAGCAGCGGCAGCCCCACAAGGAGGCAAGUCUAGGGAGUGCUGAGGGAGGGGUCGAGAGACAGCUUUCCAUCUUAAACGCAGCAUGCGCAAGCACAAAGCGCCGCCCAGCGGCAGCCCAAGGACACAAUCAGAUCCAGCUGCAGCAGCAUCCACAGUGGAAAUUCAGGCAGAGCAGCAGCAGCAGCAGCAGCAGCAGUGCCUGCUCCUAGGACACAAUCAAAUGGCCAGCAAUGGUCCCACACCAACAGCAGCAGCAGCAGCGAGCACAGCUAGUCGCCUGGCAGCCCCCACCGCGAGCUGUCAGGACAAGCCGGAUCAGCAGCAGCAACAGCAACAGCUACAACAGCAACAGCAACAGCAGCAGUAUCUGCAAGCAUCUGCCAGCUGCAGCAAGGAGCGACCUCAACCCACAAUAAAGCUCAUGUCCAUGCUGCAGAUCGCCAGCUAUGUGCUGUGCCUGUGCGCCUUCAGCUUCGCCCUGUACGCCAAUGUGCGACAGACGCGAAUGGAGCAGCGCCUGCAACGCCUCCAGCAGCUGGACGCGCGCAUUGUCGAGCUGGAGCUGAGGCUGGAGCAGCAGCAGCUGCUCCACUGGCCCGCCGAACAGACGCCAAUUCUGGACAACAGACAGAACGGCACCCAGCACAUGACGUUGCAUGUGCGCCGAGAGUUGCAUCGCCUGCGACGCGAUGUGUCGCACCUGCAACUGACGCGACGCCAGCAGCGACGGCAGGCCGCGGAGGCGGCAGCAGCAGCAUCAGCAGCGGGCGAGGGUGGAGCAGCAGGAGGAGGAGGAGCAGGUGCAGGAGGUCACGGCGAGUGCCAGUGUCAAGCAGGUCCUCCAGGACCGCCUGGGCCGCCCGGCAAGCGAGGGAAGCGCGGCAAGAAGGGCGACACCGGCGACAAGGGCGAUGCGGGUCUCAAUGGCAUCAGCGGCGAAAAGGGCGCAGCUGGGAAGCCCGGCGACAAGGGCCAGAAGGGCGACACUGGCCAUCCCGGCAUGGAUGUCUUCCAGACGGUGAAGGGUCUGAAGAGAUCGGUGACAACGCUGCACGGCGGCACGUUGGGCUAUGCGGAAAUAGUUGCUGUUAAGGACUUGCAGGAGGCUGGCGUCAAUGUCUCUGCUUCCACAGUCAUACAGCUGAAGGGUGAGCCUGGCGAGCCUGGUCCGCCAGGUCCUGCCGGCGAGCCUGGGCAGCCGGGCGUGCCCGGAGAGCGUGGCCCACCCGGAGAAACUGGAGCGCAGGGCGUCCAAGGUGUGGCCGGAGAGCCAGGUCCCGUCGGACCGCCCGGCGUGUCUGGUGCACCUGGCACGAAGGGUGACAAAGGCGACCGCGGCGAUCGUGGCCUAACCACAACCAUCAAGGGUGACGAGUUCCCCACGGGCAUCAUCGAGGGUCCGCCGGGACCGGCUGGACCACCUGGUCCACCGGGGGAGCCCGGCGUGCGUGGCGAGGCGGGACCCAUUGGACCAGCUGGACCACCCGGCGAGAAAGGACCGCGCGGCAAGCGUGGCAAGCGGCUGUUUGGACCUGGUGGCACGAAGCUGGACGAGGACUACGAUGAUCCGCCGGUGACACUGCUGCGUGGUCCUCCCGGACCGCCAGGACUUGCUGGCAAGGAUGGCCGCGACGGACGCGAUGGCAGCAAGGGCGAUGCUGGCGAGCCGGGAGAACCCGGCUCCCUGGGUCCACGCGGCUUGGAUGGUCUGCCCGGCGAGCCUGGCAUUGAGGGGCCGCCCGGUCUGCCUGGUUAUCAGGGUCCGCCUGGGGAGAAGGGCGAUCGUGGCGACAUUGGGCCUCCAGGAUUGAUGGGUCCUCCUGGACUACCUGGCCCACCUGGCUAUCCUGGCGUCAAGGGCGACAAAGGCGAUCGUGGAGACUCGUACCGCAAGAUGCGUCGUCGCCAGGAUGACGGCAUGUCCGAUGCCCCGCAUAUGCCCACCAUCGAAUACUUAUAUGGUCCGCCGGGACCACCCGGACCCAUGGGCCCGCCCGGGCAUACAGGCGCCCAAGGCGAACGCGGCUUGGAUGGACGCAAAGGGGAUUCGGGCGAAAAGGGCCACAAGGGCGAUCAGGGCCCCAUGGGGCUGCCGGGCCCGAUGGGUAUGAGAGGCGAAUCGGGGCCCUCCGGUCCGGCGGGCAAGGCUGGCAUACCGGUGUGGGGCGACUACUAAUACCAUUAAAAAGGGUGCAGGCAGAGAGAGUCUGUUAAACAAUAACCAACAAAAAACACACGAAACAUUUGCGCCAAAAAAAGUCUAAAUGAAUUGCGAUAAAAGAGCUAAACAUACCAACACACACGCACACACUUACACACACACACACACACCUACACAUAUAUAGAAACAGAAUGUCUGGACGAACUCAUACAUAUGAAGAGGAAAUGAAAACAAUUUUAAUCAAAGCAAAACAAAUGUUCAAAAGUUAAAAUGCCGCCGCGCAAACGCUUGUCAAAUGUGCUCUCAGUUGUCGUCUAAACAUACAUAUAUGCACAUAUAUUAUAUACGUGUAUUUGUAACAGUAUACAUAUGUAUAUGAAAGUUGUAAAAACACGCACCCCAUGUACAGAGAAUUGAAAUUGAAUGGAAAACAGCAGCAUGUCAGCACAGUACCAAAUAGGCAAACAAAUGGCACACCCUGGCCCCGGCCCUGUCCCUGGCAUCGAUCGCAUGCAAGAAAGCAUUAAUAUUAAUAUUAAUAUUCAUAUCAUUUAAAAACAACGCCCCAAGAGUCAAAUAAGUAUUUAUGUAUACAAGCAAGUGAAACAGAAACGAAAACAGAAACAGAUAUGACAGACCAGACACAUGUUCGUGGGUCUGCAGAGUCACAUGUAUUUACACACACACACAAACACGCAUCCAUAAAUUGGAAUCAAAUAGCAACCUGUACCACACACACACUCAUACUUAAUCACACAAACACACAUCAAAAUCAACUAACAAAUAUGCAAUGCAAAUAUUUUAAUUGCAUUUCAUUCGCCACUGCUCUGUGAGGAGCGAGAUUGCAGCAGCAGGAGAAGCAGGAGUAGGAGCAGCAGCAGCAGCGGGUAACGCGGGUAGAGCCUCUCGAAAAUGCAUAAAUCAUACGCACCGUUGUACGUGAAAACAGCACACAGAGAGAGAAAGAAAGGAUGCCAAUCCCGUUGCUGGUUUCGAGUGCUUUCCACGGGUGCGAAUGACUAAUUGAUAGAUUAUACUUCAACCGAAAUCUCAAUCGUUUGGCAAUCGUUGCAGUAAGUGACUUAAUUAGUUCACUAAUUAGAUUGUGUGAAGGAUUGGUCCGAUUCCAGCUGCCACUGCCACUGCCACUGCUUCUGCCCCUGCCUCUGCUCUGCUGCAUUGUCUUAGGUGCCGUCCAUUGGCUUUGUUUGAAUACUCGAAUACGAAUAGUUCUCAUUCAUACAAAGCAUAUCUGCCAAACGCUUCUAAAUGUGAAGAAAGCAGCAAGAAUAAAUAUUCUACCCACAAAAAUGAAUAUAAAUAUACAACAUAAAAUAUACAAUGGAUAAAUAAUAAAUGUGUAUUGCCCCCCCAAAAAC